GGAUGGACAUAUGAGUUUAAAGUAUAAGAUCUCUAGUCAUCCAGAUAUCUAGUCUUCCUUGAAUGGAGACAUUCGAUCUACCAGAUAGACUCCCAGCAACAUCUUCUUCUUGUUCUCACGAUGUUACAUAAAACCUUCUACUUGUCCUUGUUGUGUUCUUUUUCUGCCUUUGCAAAUGCAGGUGCUUUGAAUGCCGCUAUCGGUCCCCCAGUUUCUAGUGUCAGAAAUUCUACCACUCCAGAUGUAAACAUUUGUGUGAGUACUCGGUUUCGAAUUAUAAUUAUUUCUCAGCAUGUUUACUCAUCGAUAAUUUAAUUCCCCUCAUUUUUACAUCUUUUUACAACCUUUAGCUGCAAAUUAUUGACGUUUCCGUAUAGUGUAAAGCUCUAAAACAAGCAUUGGGUUCGAAAGUAUCUUACUCGAACUCAUCAACGUAUACUGCAUUUUUGGAAAAUUUCUAUUCUCAGCAAGAAUCAGACAUAUCCCCAGGCUGCAUUUUAUCACCAACAUCCACAAUAGAUGUCUCGAUUGCUGUCGCUAUUCUAUCUGUUCUUGGAAAAUCCACAAACUGGAAGCCUUCAUGCCAAUUCGCCAUCAAAUCUGGAGGUCAUGCCCCAGGAGCAGGGGAGGCCAACAUAAAUCAAGGAGUUUCAAUAGAUCUGAGUUCCAUCAAUGCGAUCAGUGUUAACACCAAUGAGUCCGUGGUCUCAGUAGGUCCCGCAGCAAAAUGGCGGGAGGUUUAUUCUAGACUAGAUGCUUUACAACUGACUGUUUCCGGGGGACGUGUCAGCACAGUUGGGGUUGGAGGGCUAACCCUCGGAGGUAAGUUCGGCUGAUCUAUUUCCUUUGCAUUUCUAAUUUAAGUCAAACAUACAGGUGGAAUAUCCUAUUUCUCUCCUAAAAAAGGGUUUACAUGUGACAAUGUAAAGAACUUCGAAGUGGUUCUCGCAAACGGAAGAGUCGUCAAUGCAAAUGCCAAGGAAAAUAGCGAUUUAUUUCUAGCAUUGAAAGGCGGCUCAAACAAUCUCGGUGUAGUUACACGAAUUGACUUCUACGCUUUCAAACAAGGCAAUAUAUGGGGUGGUAAUAUACUGUAUCCAAUUACUACCGCAGACCAACAAAUCAAUGCCUUGGCCGACUUCAGCUCUAACGCAACUUAUGAUGAGAAUGCAUCUUUAAUCAUGAGUUUUGCGUUUCAACUUGGUGUAGGCGCAGUGGUAGUUAAUAAUGUUGUGUAUACCGAACCAGUCGUUAAUCCACCAGUAUACCAACCUUUCACAUCCAUUCAACCUCAGUACCUCAAUACUAUGGGCAUCAGGAACUUAACUGAUGUCACCAGUGAAACACUUGCCACCGCUUCACGUUCACGGUAUAUUCUUUUCAUUCUUUUCUAUUCCACAUCAAAUAUCAAUCCUUCUAACAAUGCGCAGUACACUUUUUAAAACAACGACAUUCAGCGCCAACAAAGAAAUGAUAAUCACCGCCUUUAACGCCUACAACGCCUCACUCCCCUCCAUCGAAUCCCUCUCCGGAAUUACCUGGUCAUUAUCCUUAGCACCACUCCCCACCAACAUCCCCGCCAAAUCCGCACCACUAGGCGGAAACGUCCUAGGUGUAACUCCAGAAGACGGACCACUAAUCGUUGUUCUCCUAACCGCUACAUGGGCCGACAUUUCCGACGAUACACUUGUCACCGACACCGCUCAAGCUAUCUUCGACAAGAUUGAUUCGUUUGCAACGACAAAGGGAUAUCUUAAUGAUUGGCAAUAUUUGAAUUAUGCGGCUAAUUCGCAAGAUCCGAUUGAUGGGUACGGAGCGACAAAUAAGGCAAUUUUGCAGGCGGCGAGUAGGAAGUAUGAUCCCGCGGGUGUUUUUCAGAAGGGUGUACCGGGGGGGUUUAAACUUUUUGUUUGAACUUUUUGUUUGAACUUGGGUGGAAACUUUAUAGGUUGAUCUACAGGGAAGAUGUCCGUUUUGAUAAUUUAAUGUUCGUUUAUAUUGGUGUUGAAGACUCAGAGUUUUCGGAAGCUCCUAUUCAGUGUGAUGUUUCGCUU